AGCUGGCGGUCUAAAGCGAGGCCAACUUGUCAGCAAUGCAGAACGCAUAGGACGGGCCUGGUUUUGCAAGUCAGAUCAGCAGGACCCAUGUCUCUCGAAGCAUGGCUACCAGUACGUCCAAUCCAUUCGACGCCACAAGUAACGUGGAACCUCUUACGAACACACACGGCUUUAGCAGCAGCAGAGAAAUGCAAGUGGCUAGCUCCCAAGGCGGCUACGCGAGGGAGCCUCCAGAAAUGAAGUACAUGCCACCGCAGCACCAGGGUCCAAACGGACAUGCUCUCGGGUCUCACCAUCAAUGGGUUAGCCUACCCCAUCAUAGUGACCCCUCGGGCUGGCCGUCCAACAUGCACCACCAUGGACUGCAUUCGCAGGACAUCAAACCGCCGCAUCACUCAGGAUCAGAGCUACACCAUGGUUCCUUGGCCCACCACCGUCCGCCGCAGCAUAUGACACCCUGGCACCCGUCCUCUCUAGCGGGCCAGCACAUGGCUAACAUGUCGCCAUCGACCAACGGCUCCUCACCCCUUCAACACCCAGCAUACUCCAUGAACGGGAUGAUGACCCAUGGCGGGGUGCAGAUCCACCCGGCAAUGAGGGAGGUGCCACAACAUCUCGCAGGAGAGCAGUUCCCUCAGCUACACCACCCACUUCAUCACCACGACAACGGACACCACCGAAUGCACCCAGACAGUGACGAAUCUGGUUUACUCGAGACACCACCACCAUCAUCAGACGAUUUAGAAAGCUUUGCAAAACAGUUUAAACAACGUCGGAUCAAGCUAGGCUUUACGCAGGCAGACGUUGGGCUGGCGCUCGGCACGCUUUACGGUAACGUCUUCAGCCAGACCACAAUCUGCAGGUUCGAAGCUCUGCAGCUCAGCUUCAAGAAUAUGUGUAAGUUAAAGCCUUUACUAGCCAAGUGGUUGGAAGAGGCAGACUGCACUACGGGAUCACCGACGUCCAUUGACAAAAUCGCCGCCCAGGGACGGAAAAGAAAAAAACGAACGAGUAUUGAGGUGUCUGUGAAAAGUGCGUUAGAAAAUCACUUUCACAAACAGCCCAAACCCUCGGCUCAAGAGAUCUCCGCCCUUGCUGACAGUCUACAAAUAGAAAAAGAGGUUGUCCGAGUCUGGUUUUGUAAUCGUCGUCAGAAAGAGAAAAGAAUGACCCCUCCUGUGACAUCCAUGGGUCCGAGCAACCUAACCAACCAAACUGGCUCGGUGACCGUUUCUACCAACAGUAACACUGAAAUGUUGAUGGGGCACAGAGAUGGUGGUAUCCAUGGUGGCAGUCCGGUUCACCUCCAUAACCACUCGCACAGUCCACCCAUGCUCCAUUCUCCGACUCCUCAUUCAACUAGCCAUUCAAUUCACACAGUAGGACAAUCGCUGACCGCUCACUGACCAACGGAUUCGCAGCCAGUACUGAGCGCCAGUGUAAGAUUUUAUUAGCCUAUCAGUUCGUUUGUCAUUAGUGUGCGUGUGUGAAUGUGUAUAAAGCCUCGUGCAAUCCAAUAAACCUGAGAUCUUCUGCUCAGAAACUGACAGAUUUGUAUAUAGUGAACUUCAGAUGUAGUCUGUAGAUUAAAAACAGUCAUGUCGAACAGUAACUGUGAACGAUGUAAAUUAAUGGACAUGACUGUUGUCAUUGUUGGGGUUCAUUUGUAGCUAGACAGGGCACGCCGAAACUAGUCGCAGCUCGAAUACCGGGAAGGAUAAGGGGUGAAGGAAAGCUACAGAAUAUGUAUUCCAUCGUCAUCCUUCGAGUGAGCUGAUGUGCACCAUUAUAGUUCAGUGUUUGCUUAGGAAGCUGUUGAGUGUUACAGUCUAUGUUCUGCUAAGCAGCUGCCGUGUAUCGUAAUUCAUCGUUUACCAGAAAACUGACGAGAAUUUCAGCCCUUGUGAGUUGGUUCAAGGAUGUUUGAAAAAUGGCCCAACAGUUUUCUCGACGAAGGCGACAUCAUGUGGAAAUAUAUUUAAACUACUGGAUAGUUUGAUUUAGAUUAAAAAAAAAGUUGGUUUACUUUCACCAAAUAUUGUAAGUUUUCUUGUAAUGAUGAAUUUAAAAAGAAUAAUGUUAUUAAGGGGAUUAACCAUAUAGGCUGAUCCGAAAAUGUCUUUGGUACUUCCUUACUCAAUUGUUUCUAAAUAAAUAUGUAAAGGUAUACCUUAAAGAGAUAUACGAAACGAAACAUAAACCCCGUAGUAAACGUACUGUAUAGAACACGUACACAUUUAUGUAAAACAGCGUUUCAAAAGUUGCACCAACUGUUUGACAUCAUUUGUAAUAACCUGUAUCAGUCUUAUAUCUAAGUGCUAGUGAAUUACUGACGAACGUAUUUACGUACUAUUAUAAGUCUGUUUUUUUAUGUGAAAAAAAAAUGUAUUAGAUACACCCUCACUAACUAUAAAUCUAUAAGCAUUCCUUAAAAGAGGGUCUUUUUAUUGGAAGUUUCAAAGACGGUUUGAAUCGUAUUGUAUUUGUAUGCGUCAAGUGUUAAAGGUUUUAAUAAAGACCAGUUUUAAUCAGA